UAAUAAUGGAUAGUGAUUUAUUCCAAGAACUUGUUUAUUUAAAUAUUCUUCGCCUUCAAAGAAGAAAAGUUUUGAGAAGACGUAAACGCCGCUGGUCCGUUCAUCCAGCUAAUCGGGAUAGAAACCCAAAUGGUUUCUUCUGGAAGAACUUUUUAAAAUUAAAAGAAGACGACCAAAAACUAUUUCUUUUAACACGGAUGAAUCGGACAGUGUACAAUAUUCUUUUAAAUAUAAUUAGUCCGUUUUUAAAAAAACCAAAACAACAAGUUGGCGUCGAGGAGCGAGUGGUUAUAACAUUAAUGUACCUCGCUUAUGGAACACCUUUUGAGGUCAUAGCCUCGAUGCAUAAGUUAGGCAAAACAACAGUGCAGAAUAUCGUACUUGAAACGUGUGAAAUACUUUGGUUACAUCUGUCCCCGAUAUACCUUAGCGAGCCAAGUACCGCACAAUAUAAAGAUAUUGCUGCAGAUUUUUUAAAACUGUGGAAUAUACCCAACUGUGUCGGAGCAAUUGACGGGAAGCAUAUAGCUAUUGUUCGUCCACAAAAUUCAGGCUCGCUAUUUUAUAACUAUAAAAAGUUUUAUAGUAUAGUUUUAAUGGCAUCCUGCGACGCUAGGUAUACGUUUACCUCUGCCAGCAUUGGUAGCUAUGGAGGACAAAGUGACGGAGACACAGACACCGCAGACCAUGGAAUAUUGGAGGGAGAAUGGCGUGAAGAUUUAGAGAGUGUUGGAGGUGCAUUACAUUCAAUAAGUUCAACUCGACGCAAUGCGAUACAUUCCAUGUAA